AUGACAGUCGCAUCUGGUGACGAAGGCGACGAAGGAGUAUAUAAAGAAGCUGACGGUGGAUAUGGAGGACACCACGGGGGCUUCGGACGAGGUCAUGGAGGCUUCAGAGGAGGUCACGGGGGCUUCGGAGGCUUCAGAGGAGGUCACGGGGGCUUCGGAGUCCUAGGAGGAGGAAGAGGAAGAGGUUUCCACGCUGGCUUCGGAGGCCACCUCGCUCACGCUGCUCCUGUGUUCAGUCUCCUAAAUGCAUUCCUGAUACUCUGUGAUAACGAAAUAUUGGUAUUUUCUGAAGGCCCAGCUCACUACUCCUACGAAUACGCCGUCAACGACGACUACGCCGGCACCAACUUCGGCCACAAAGAAGUCCGAGAAGGAUACCAAACCAAGGGGUCCUACUUCGUCCACCUCCCCGACGGUCGCCUCCAGACGGUCAACUACAUAGCCGACGAACACGGUUUCCGCCCCGAAGUCUCGUUCGAGGGCGUUGCUCACCACGCGGUCCCGGUUCGUCCCCAUGCUAAGGCGGCCCAUGUUAAAGGGGGGUACCACUAGCUUAUGUACUGCUGUUGACCUGUGCGCGCGUGGGUGUGUUAAUAUGUAUAUUUAUACGUGUAUAUAUUAAUUACUUUUGGAGGCGUUUUACUUCCCGGAUGGGAGGG